AACAAGAUGAGAUUAACAUUGAGUAUGAAUAAGAAGAUUCACAUAGAAAUAACAUUAGAUUGAGUAGUUAUAAUGUCCUCAGAGAGUCAUGAUGGUAUAGGUGAAGAAAAUGUUUCACAGCAUUUAAAUGUAGAGGAAAUUACAGUCGAAGGAGAUAGAGAAGUAAAUGAAAAUCAUGGUAAUAAUGAAGAUGGUAUAGAAAUACUAUCAACUAGUCAAAUACAAGAUGCACUCAAUUCUAAUCAGGUAAAAGAUGAACCUAUAGAUCCUGUUUUAUCUGGUGCAGGAAAAAGAGUAAGUGAUGAACUGGAAGAAUCAUCUAAUAAAAGACUGCGAGUCGAACCAAUUACCAAUGAAGUAGUUAUAGCUGAUAGUGAAGGAACAACAUCUAAUUCAAACAAUAAUAAUGGUACUGAACAAAUAGAUGAAAGAGAAAAUUUGGCAUUGAUAGCAAACGAAUUGGAAAAUGCAACGGAAUCUAACAAAGACAAAGAAAACGACAAGACAAAUAAUCAAGAUAAAGAAGAUACCGUAUUGCAUGAUGGAAUUCAAGUUCCAGCAAAUUCAGAAUUGUUAAAUACAAGUAGUGCAUUAGAAGCGUACAAGGCUUUAUCAAGUCAAUUACCACCUUUGGCAAUGUUAGCUAAUGCUCAAAUGGCAGCUUUACCAUUACCUAUAGUAGCUGCUGAUUAUUUACCUCCAAGAAUUCAAUUAUUGAUUAAUACAUUACCAACAUUAGACAAUUUAGCUACACAAUUAUUAAGAGUUGUUGCUCUUGGUCCAUAUCAGAAAAUUAUUGAUUUAGCAUCAAAUCCGGACACUCCUGCUGGUGCCACAUAUAGAGAUUUAACAUCGCUUUUUGAAUUCACAAAGAGAUUAUAUUCUGAAGAAGAUCCAUUCUUAACUGUUGAACAUUUGGCUCCAGGUAUGUGGAAAGAAGGAGACAAAACUCCCAGCAUGUUUAGAAACAGAGAACAAAGUAUAGAGUCUACAUUAAGAAAAGUUAAUCUUGCUACAUUUUUAGCAGCUACUUUGGGUACUAUUGAAGUUGGUUUCUUCUACUUAAACGAAUCCUUUUUGGAUGUGUUUUGUCCAAACAAUAACUUAGAACCAAGUAAUGCCUUAUCUAAUAUGGGUGCUAACAAUAUGAGUUUACAAAGUGGUAUUAAUACGGCAAUAGGUGAAAAAGUUGGUAAAUUGUUAAAGCCUCAAGCAGAGUUAUACUUGGAUUUGAAAACCCAAGCUUACAUAUCUGCUAUAGAAGCUGGUGAAAGAUCAAGAGAAGAAAUUUUGGAAGAUAUUUUGCCUCACAAUUUUGAUGAAAUAUUGUUGACUAGAAGAGGCACUAAAGUUCUUUCUCCAAUUGAAUUGGAUUUUAUUGAACGUUGUAGAUCUAGAAAAGAUAUCCUAUUAUCAUAUAAUGGAGAACGAAGUCUAAGUGAAGAAUACGAUUGGUUUUCAUUUUUAAAAGUAUUAUUUGAUUAUGUUGCUAAGAAUAUGGGAUUCUUAAUCUGGGGUAAGAAAGGUAGACCAGUUAAAAGUAGAGGAAAUGCUACUAAUGAAGUUGAAGCUGCAACUCCUCAUAGUCAAGAAUUAUUAGCUAGCGGAAGAACCAUUGCUGCAGAAAAUACCUCUGAUGAAAUACCUACAGGAACUUCACGUCCUAAUGCUGGACCUAUUGCAUUUAACAAUAAUUCACAAACUAGAAAUAAAGAUAUUAAUGAUAUAAUGAAUGCCCUUCUUCCUUCAGAAAUAGUCGAACAACAGAUACAUCUUAGAAUAAAUCCAAACCCAAAUACGAAAUCACAAUCCAGAAGACCAUGGACAAGAGAAGAAGAAAAGGCUUUGAGACAUGCAUUGGAAUUGAAGGGACCACAAUGGGCUACAAUUUUGGAGUUAUUUGGUAACGGAGGUAAGAUAUCAGAAGCAUUGAAGAAUCGUUCACAAGUUCAAUUGAAAGACAAAGCUAGAAACUGGAAAAUGUUUUUCCUUAAGAGUGGAUUACCAGUUCCCGCAUACUUACAAAGAGUAACCGGUGAACUUGAACGAGAUGAUAAAGCAAGAAGUAACAAGAGAGCCAAUAAGAAUAAGAAGACAGCCGCAGCUCCAGUGCCGAGUGUCCAACAACAACAACAACCGCAAUCUCAAGAUUCCCAAACUCAAACCCCAAUAACUCAAUCACCACAAGUAGAGGCACAAACUCAAUCAGCACAAUGAUAGUUACAAUUGUAUAUAUAUAUAUAUGUAUAGAAAUAAAUGAAAUGGGUUAAAAAAAUGAGAUAUUGCGCUGUGUUGCAACGUGCAUUGUUUUGUGGA